AUGUUCCUUGACAAGGAGGCGUUCAUCGGCCUGCUACGAUCGACGGUCCGGCUCGAUCGCCCCGACGCUGCCGCCGCCGCUGCGGGUGGCGUGCUCCCGGAAACGCUUGCGGGUGACGGGGGAAGGCUCGCCGCGGCCAGGGAUGACGUAGACAGGGUCACGCUUGUGGCCACGCUGUGUGUCCUCGUGAGACAGGUGCUGGCACGGCUGCGUAUUGGGUGCCCGGCUCCGGCGAUGGCAGCCUUGCAGGCGAAGACUACCGGCCUGCUGAAGCAGCAAGGCGUGCUGCUGCCGCAGAUAGUGGAGGAGUGCGUGGCAACGUCUAGGCGUCUGGCUUCUUCUGCUUCAAAGGAGGGAGGGGGGGCCGCAGAAUCGCCUCCAGGCCUGCCCCUCGUGGAGGAGGAAGGGCUUAGGAGCUUGCUCAUGAGAAGCGCCGACCCCAACAACGAGGUUUUCCGCGUGUUCUUCAAGCGCGUUCUUCUGUCCCUGAAGGGGAUGAUCGCUGGAGGGGAUGCGGCGGACGUCUGCGUGCGCAACGGCAUGCAGUCCUUCGUGGAGGAGAUGCGGCCUGUGGGGGCCAGGCUGCACCGCCUUUUCGCGCACAACGUCAAGGUGUUCGCCGGGCACUACGGCUCGAUCGUCACGGAGGCUGCAAAGGCCUAUGCUCUGUCGUGAGGAGGGGCGCACCACACGGCACACGGUAUGGCUGUAGGCUUGUUAGAAACACUGCACGUUUCUUGGUUUUGGUGGAUUCCCUGGGUUGCAUUCGAGGUGUUGUGAGCACUGCUGCCACUUCGGGGGAUUUGGUAGUCGGGAUGAUGACGCGGGGGGGGCUUGGAGGAAUCGCUUUUUCUUCUUUGUUAUUCCCGGAUUCGUGGCUUUCAGCAGGUAAACAGUAAAUGUUCAUGUAGCAAGACCAACAACGGCAUUCGGGCAGAAACGACUAGCUAGUGUGUACUCACUUCAGAGACAGAGAGGGAGAGAGAGAGGGAGAGAGAGAGACAGAGAGAGAGAUGAAAGGGGAGGGGGAGGGCAUGUAGCAAGACUAACGCUGUUUGGGCAGAAUUGAAUAUAAAGGUGUAACCUAGAGACAUAUGAAAAGGGGGGCAGGGGGGGUAUGUAUGCGAAUGGUGUUUUCUCUUGGUUCCAGGACAAGCCAUGAAGGAGCAUAUAUAUAUAGUUUGCGGAACACCCUAAGCGUGUGGGUGUAGUUGCCGGAAAGAAACGACCCAUACGUGAACGCGCGAGAGGCCAUGCAUAGGGUUGGAAUCAACCGACUGGUCUGGGUGGCAUCCAUCCAUCCUUGUCGAGUAGCGCACCUUGCGUUGAUCGGCCUGCAAGGGCUUGCGACGGGAGGUUGGUUCUACAUACCAUGCACUUGUAUGCAAACCUCGUUACGCGUAACAUAGCGUACGAAUAGGUCUUUUUGUUGGGCCGGUGUCGCGCAAAGUUUGCUGCAAGGAGCCCCCUUGAGUCUCGGCUUGAGAGGCUAGCUUUUGUCGUUCUGAGACGCUGUGUUAUGUGUGUCCUACUUCAAUUCGUUGGGGAAGAUCUUUACACCUUCUUGGCAAGUAUUUCGUUUUUGAUCCGCUUUUGUCAGGGUCGCUUGCGAUAGAAGCCCUACGGGAGCCUUUCUUUUUUUUUUCAAAUUUUCCCGCCUUUUUUCUGUGGUGCAUGCUUCCUUUAUUUUCUCCGCGAAGGAUUGAGACAUGCAUGCAGCACUUGCCACCAGCGGUGGUCCAGACUUCCUUCCGUCAGCCGAGAAGCAGCGUCAAGGCAAGAAAGUCAGCCGGUCACCAUGAGCAAAUGUUGUGUCCCCCAGAGGUUCCCAAGGUUGCCGUGUGUCGGCCAACUUCUCCGUUGCACUUGGGCGCCUGCUGGACCUAUUACUCGGGAAGAUGAUUGGACAAAAACCGACGACCGUUUUCCGGGCCGACUCGGGAAGCAAGAGAAGGACCGACAGCAAAGGUCCAUUACUACACGCGGACGAGGCAAUUUGGACAGCGCGUUUCCUGACGCAGGAACGGGCUCGAAGCGCCGACCUCAACCGUUACUAACUACUGCUGCACGUCGCCCUGGAGAAGACGCUGUUGCUGAAUGAAUUUGCCACCAUGGUCUGCGUGCAUGUUCUGUGUCCUAACGAUAUCCUGUUCUGCGGCAAAUCGGGAGGUUGCGAAGGGGCGUCGUUGCUAAUGACAUCCGGGAUGGAGGACAAGUGGUGAUGUUCCUUGUCGCCGUCAUCCAUUUCGACCUCCCAGGCCCUGCUGGAGACGAUCAUGAGACUCAAACGUUGAAAUUCUAAGAAAUCCGCAAGCAGGAGAGCACCUUGCACAUUAGACAGCGUGCGAGGCAUAGCGUUGAGAAUGUUUUUGAAGGAGGCGCCGGUGAAACAAAUAGGGUACUUCUGCUUGCUCACGCAAAGCCUGGUGCCACACAUGUAGACUAUCGCGAAACACAGCGAGGAGACAAUUUGUAGUAAACCAACCCCCUUUCUAAUCCACGUCAAAGCGUGUGCGCACGUCACACGAAUGUAUCAGCUCACCACAAAACAUCCUUUCACCACUACAGUAAAUAAACAAUGUCCUCUUGUGAUCUUGCUUCGUCUCAUUGGACUACAGGCAGCUCACACCUAUUUACCACUAAAUAUCACACAUCUAUCUGCAUCAUCUCCAAGAGCAAGCGAAAUAUAAGUAUGCAACUUCACACGAAACAACCUGCGUCAAGACAUGAAUGACACACGGUGUAUCUACAGGUGAUCGAUUAUAUAGAAUCGCAAUACAGCGUCUAUCGUGACGCCUAAAAAGUCAAAACCGCGCCUCCACAUAUCCAUCUGCUACAAACACACAUACCACGUUUUCCCACAACCGCCGCAUCAAAUUAGAACCGUACGCGUGUCCGCAAGGAGGGGGGGGGGGGGGG